CUCGUUUCUGAAAGAGAUGACCCAGAAGGAGAAGUGUCCUUUUGAAUCCAGUCAAAGGCAGUGGCCCAAGUGGAUCACACAGGAAGAAUGCUCCAGUACACCAUGUGGAGUUGAGCUGAGUGGAGAAGGAAUGUCCUCCUCAAUGAGAGGCAGAAUAAGGAUCGGGUCUAAGUGUACAAGCACAUCUCUUCACCCUGUUGGACUCAGAACACCUUCUGGGAGGCUAGAUCAGGUUACCUUUGAGGUGUCUGUGGAUUUUACAGAGGAGGAGUGGGCCCUGCUGGAUCCAGUCCAAAAGGCCCUUCAUCGGGAAGUAAUGGAGGAGAUUCUGGGGCCCCUAUUCUCUCUGAGUAAGGCUCUCCUUUCUUGGGAUUGUGCAGCUUCGAAGUGCUGAAAAGUAACCAGGAGUUCAAUCUUGCUAGAUCACAGCAGGCUGAGUGGUUUUCUUUCAGCAUCGCUUAUGUCUCUGGCUUCUCUUCCCAGAAAGCCCUUCAGUAGCAGACCUUGGUUAAGGUCACAGUGGAUGAUGUGAGGUCGAGCUGGGCUCCUGAGCUUGGACCACUGUAGUAUUGGGGGCUUCACUAGCAUUCCUUUCCCAGACCUCCUUGCCAAAAAACUGAGAAAGCCAAGCCCUGGUGUGGAGGCAGGGGCUAGUUAGCGUAUGGUGACCUUGAGGUGAACCUGCCAUAGGGUUUAUCAUCAAGAUUUGUUCAAAGGCAGUUUGUCAUUGCCUUUCUCUGAGGCUGAGAGGAUGUGACCUUCCAAAAGCCACUAAGUUCAUUUGUACCCUGGUCUCCAGGAAUUUUAGUCCAACACUCA